AUGAUGCCUCCCGCCUUUGCUCCUUCCAUUAGGCCUGGUGGUCACGUCAAGGAAGACCUUGUAGAGCUGAUGAUGAUCCAGAAUGCCCAGAUGCACCAGGUCAUCAUGAACAACAUGACCGUGUCGGCUCUCAGGUCAUUCAGAUACUCCGACCCUCCGCCGGGGCCUGAGGCUCCCAGAGAUGUGGUUAUAAUUCACGAGAAUGAGGCUGACCCAGAGAUAUACCACCACCAUUACCAGUCUGUCCCAUACCCAUGGCCCAUGGUCCCAUGGCUCUUACCUCAGAUCACGCUGGUCUACCAAGUAGACCCCAACAGAGCCAACUCUGCUCCACCACACAGAAACAGGCCUGCAGUCCCUCCUCCUCCUCCUCCUCCUCCACCUCCUCCCCCGCCCAGCCCUGCUGCGGCCGUGGGAGUCAGCGUUGCUCCUGCAGCAGGUAAAACCAACUACAGAGCAACACCCAGCCAAGAGCCAAUUAACAUGGCCCGCUCCUGUGAUGUCAAAGGGGUCUCUGAAGUAGGGUGA